AUGCCUCCCAUGUCGAGGGGCAAUCCUCGGGAUGGCACCUUGGAAGUUAAGCUUCACAAUACCAUAGAAAAUGUUCCCGUGCGUGUUAGCAACACCUCUGAUAGCUCUAAUGGUUCCAAUUCCAGCGAAUUUCACAAGGUUCGGCACAUGAGAAGGAAAGAACAAGACAGGCUUGCGAGGAUGGAUGUGGACUACCUGAAGAGGAAAGAUAUGGCUGAAUUUAUUCGGAGCAGGGAGGAGAGGCUUAAAGCAGCGCAGGACCGAACAGUGCAGAUGCGGCUUAAGCACCAGAAGAUUCAGAGGAAGAGGAAGAAGAAGAGCAACGUUACAAGCUCUGAAGGAGGAGACAACUCAAAGGAAGAAGAGUCUUUCGAUGAUGGAGCAGAAUCCAAUGAUGCCAAUGUAACUACGAGUUGAAUACCCUUUUUUAACUCGAUAAGUCGAACAUCAGAAGGUUUUUUC